GUUUUGUUUAAAGGGUUUUGGAGGUUUAGCGUUGCGGCAGGAAUUCCCAUGUGGUCGGUUCUAAAAUCUCGAAGCUUCUCUUCUUCUCCUGCAACUCAACAAUGGAAGCUAGGGUUAUCAAUGCUCAAUCGCUCUCUAUCUUUUUCUUCCUCCGCCACCAAUGACGGCGCCGAUGAAGGAAUCCGCAGCGGAGAGUUACUCAAACUGGAGGAAGUGGAGACAAUCCUCAGAGAUGUCAAAGCUGAUAACGUCAAAGUUUUUCCCAUUCCUAAACACUGUGAUUUUGCAGAUUUCAUGGUCGUUGCUACUGGUCGAUCCGCUUGGCACGUCCGUAAUAUUUCUCAAGCCCUAAUUUACAAGGUUAAGCAGAAGCAAAAAGGAUCAAAGAGAAUGUUGUUACCUAGCGUGGAAGGGCAAGAAGCGGGCAACUGGAUUGUAAUCGACUCUGGCAAAGUAGUAAUUCAUGCCCUUGAUGAGAAAGUGAGAGCAUACUACAACUUAGAGAAGCUUUGGAGCACAUAUGCAUCAAACCAGGACCAUGGUGUUGGUCAGGGUCAGGAUUUGGACAAGGCCUUUGUGAAGGUUCGCCCUAAGAAUAACUCUAAAAAGCGGCCCUCUACAACUGCCUGAUGUAUGAGCUUCAGCAUGGAAAAUCAGCUCUGUCAUGUUGGCUGGUAAUUCCAGCCUCUAUAUAGAAGUGGUUUCUUUCAGGAAUAGCCGGUGGGGUUUUACUUUUGGAGAUUGUUAUUAGUUCAAAGCUUGCUUGUUCCAUUUUCAUUGGAUGUGAUUUUUAUAAUGGUUCCUUUGAGACCAUUGAGGUGUACAUUCUCAUAAUAUGUCACAAGCAACAGUGAAACCUUUGGUGUCUAAGAGUUGUUCCGGUUAUGUAUGUAUGUUAGUAUUAUGAGCCAUGAGUUUUCUUGUGAUGAAUGAUAUCAGCUUGGUUCACUGGGAA